AUGGAGAACGCCAUGGCCAAUGUCGACCUAGGACGUUAUCGACGGAUCGUACAGAUGUUCUGGGAUCCAGAACCUACCAACGAUGUUGCCCACGAUCACCCAGUAUGGUGUCUUGGACGCUCCUACAAGCUAAGCGAUAAGAAAAACACAAAGUCCGAUGAACAAAAUCCCCAGACGCCGCCCCCAGCACCCAAGUCGGACACCGAAGAUCAGGAUACGACUCGAUCGCCCAACAUACCGACGAAUGCCCCAGAAACCCCACCGGAUUCAAUAUCGAGCAGUUUCUCAUCGUCACUGGCAUAUGACGACCAGUCGAAUGACGGCGGAUGGCCAUCUGGCUUCAUAACCGAUUUUGAAUCAAGGAUAUGGAUGACUUACAGAUCCGAGUUUGAACCCAUUCCUCGUUCCACGAAUCCCGAAGCCACAUCUUCACUGUCACUAUCUAUGAGACUCAAGAGCCAACUAGGGGACCAGAGCCCAUUCUCAUCAGACAGCGGGUGGGGAUGCAUGAUUCGAUCUGGUCAAAGUUUACUUGCAAACACCAUCGCACUCGUUCGCCUGGGGAGAGACUGGCGUCAGGGACAAUCAUUAGAAGAAGAAUGUCGAAUCCUCAAAGAUUUUGCCGACGAUCCAAGAGCUCCAUACUCAAUCCACAGUUUCGUCCGACACGGUGCCAGCGCGUGUGGCAAGUAUCCAGGUGAAUGGUUUGGUCCAUCAGCAACAGCCCGCUGUAUCCAAGCAUUGGCGAACUCACAUGAGCCCUCAAUCAGGGUAUACUCCACUGGCGAUGGGCCUGAUGUCUACGAAGAUGACUUCAUGAAAAUCGCGAAACCAAGCGGCGAAGCUUUUCACCCCACGCUUGUAUUGGUAGGAACUCGGCUGGGACUAGAUAAGAUAACUCCCGUCUAUUGGGAGGCUUUGAUUGCAGCUCUUCAGAUGCCGCAAUCUGUCGGUAUUGCAGGAGGCCGUCCAUCCUCAUCCCAUUACUUCAUCGGCUCGCAAGGUUCCUUCCUAUUCUACCUUGAUCCUCAUCAUACAAGGCCCGCACUCCCAUACCACGAGAACCCGAUGGACUACACCCGCGAAGAGAUAGAAUCGUGUCAUACUGCUCGACUGCGCCGCAUCCAUGUUCGCGAAAUGGAUCCCAGUAUGCUGAUAGGUUUUCUGAUUCGGAGCGAGGAGGACUGGAAGGACUGGAAGCGUAGUGUUAAGCACGUCCAAGGCAAGUCGAUUAUCCAUGUGGCGCAGCAAAACGCCGUCCACGGAGGCUCAAGCGAGGGCCGCGAAGGCGCAAUUGACGAAGUUGAGACGCUAAGUGACGAUGAUACGGAUACCAUUCAGGAGGCCUAG